GACAACAUAAUCAUGGCGCUGGCGGCAUCCGGAACUGCCAUCGUCUUCCACUCGGCAGCCGCUUUUAUUUACGCCUAUACAAUUUAUUACUCUUUCUCAUUAGUCAAAGCUCCGAAGUCAGACCCAAAUCUCGCGUAUGCUGUUAAGGCUAAGUAUCUGACUCAAUGGAACCUGGGCUUGUGCGGACUCUAUUUCGGACUCUGCCUCGUCUUGGACGUACGACCUACGAGGUCUUUGUAUCGUUUGCGUGAUUAUAUUUUCUGCUCCAUUUUACUCCCUUCGUGCAUUUUCGUGAACGUGUUCCUCUGGGGCCUAUACAGUGUCGAUCGCGAGACCGUAUUCUCUACGGAGAUCGAGGCUUUCCACUCAAAGUGGGUCAAUCGACAUUCGCAUACGUUGGUUACGAUCACCGCUGUAUGUGAAGCCCUGCUCUACCCCCACGAGGUUCCAGCCAAACGUCGGGGCUUCGCCGGAAUCUUCGCCUGGUUCGGCUUCUACCAACUAUGGGUUCUCUAUCUCGGUAUCGGUGAGAGAAUUUGGGUCUAUCCUGUCAUGCGGAUUCUCUCCCCCUCGGCUAUGACGGUCUUCUUCGUCGGAUGCUGUGUCGUUGCCUUCGUGCUGCAGACGAUCUGCAACAUCAUGUUACGUCUGAGAUACUGGGUAGCUGCUCCCCGUACAGAAGAGUGUAAACGAGCUUAG